GCCUAACGAGAUUCAUGAGAUCAAAGCUAACAAAAAACCAAUGAUACCAAAAAGCCUUGUUGAACUACAAGAAGUAUUAGAAAAUAUCACAGAUGAAAUCUACAUCAAUGUACUCAUUAAACAACAAAAAGAAAUCAACUCUACUAUAACAAUUCUUCGACAACACUUCAAGAUACCACAAAUCCUGGACUACAUACUAAAACUCUCUCCUCUUUCAAAACCAACCUGGGAUAUCUUUGUAUAA